AUGAAUGAUAAAAUGCAUAGUGAAACCGGCGCUUUCUCAUCUGACGACAUGCGCGCCGAAAUAUUGAACCCUUUCGUUCACAAAUUGGAAUUAGAUAACACAUACGAUAAAAUAAAGACUGCCAUAUUUACCGUCAUACUGCUGCCGUUCCGGGUGAUCGUGAUAUGCUACCUGAUCGUAACCGCUUGGUUCCUGGCCUGCAUCGGCCUCUAUGGGCUCAGCGAGGAGGACCUUCGAAGUAAACCUAUGACUGGAUGGAGAAGCAAACUGCGCCUGUCGAUCCUCUCGCUAAUGCGGCUGGUCGUGGUUGCGGCGGGCUUCCACCGCGUGCGGGUGCUCGGCAGGGACAGGGCCGCGGAGGCCCGCGAGGCGCCCGUGCUGGUGAUGGCGCCGCACUCCUCGUUCUUCGACGCGAUCGCCAUCGUGUGUCUUGGCGCGCCGAGCGUGGUCGCCAAGGCGGACACGGCCAGGCUGCCCCUCAUCGGACGUAGGUGGAGCGACGUGGGCGUUUGCCAUGGACCCAGUAGCCGAUGCCUUGAGACCUUGAUUUUCAAAUUGGAUCAUUGUCAAAUCGGACCCAGUAGCCGAUGCUUUGAGACCUCGAUUGUCAAAUCGGAUCAAGUAGCCGAUGCUUUGAGACCU